AUGAGCACUAGUCCCUGUUGCACCGGGUACAAGUUCCCUCAGUAUACGCCUGGAGGCUCUCUCAAGGUGCCCAAGAGUGAAAAGCUGGACUACUUCUCUCUAGAUGCAUGCGACGUCAACGACUCCAUGUCGAAGCUCCAUCUCCAGUCGCCUCUUCUCACCUUUGACAGCGCCGACUACUUCUCCAACAUCCUGCUGGCGCACACCAAGGGCCACACGCGUGGCGACUCGGGCGCCUCGUCCACCUUCUCCAAGCCAAAGUGGCAUAAGAACGCCGCCAACAGCAUCCUGUCCCUCACCUCGGACUCCACCGCCGUGGGCGACUCCUCCAUCUCCCUGGCUGACCUUUCCUUGUCAACUGAUACCCUCAUAGAAGAGUGCUCUCAGCAGUCCUCGCCGUCAAAACGAAAAGUGGUGCUGUUGAAGCUAAAUGUGCCCAGACGCUCGUUUCAGCAGCCCCUGUCGUCUACAUUUCCUCUGGCCGUGAGGGAACCUCUCUACGAGUACGACGAGGAGGAGCCCAAAAAGUGUGCCUCUGCUACAACGCCGUCCUUCAACUUCCCAGAGGAGAAUCCAUUCACUCCAGUGGCGUCUUCCUUCCGUGCUUCUCCACUCAAACAGACCAAUACAACACCCCUCUCGCUGUCGGGCCCACUGUUCAAUGCUCCAGUGAUAACGAAACAUCCCACGCAACCGAAUUUGCAUACCAGAGGCGACUUUGUUGCCUCUAUCAAGUCUGAGCAGAUCAGACGUCUAAGCAGUCUACCCGUGCAAGAAAACUUGCGUGAGAGUAUCGUGGGAUUAUCGAAUUCCAUCAAAUAUAUUACUAGAGAUGAAGCAAUGGCGGUCUUGAGGGCCAGGCAUAUUGUUGAGUCAACAAAGCUUCAUAGUGUAUUGGUCAUCGAUAUACGACCUUUCGCAGACUUCCUCAAAGGGCAUAUCACUGGUUCUAUUAACGUGUGUCUACCUCUGACGCUACUCAAAAGAGCAAAUUUCAACUUCUCACGAUGCAUGAACUCCUUGCCAACUUAUGAAAAAACGAUCUUCCAAAAUUAUAUGCAUCAUUAUCCUCUUCAAGGUGACCAGAGCAUGCCUCCAAUUCUUGUUUAUGAUGCCUACGGCAGCUCCAGCAACAUCUAUCACAUGUGCAAAAAAUUGGUGGAUGGUUCUUGUUGGGAUACCCACAACGGGCCAACCAUAUACUUGAUUGAUGAACCUUUCACCUCUUUCACCACUCAGGCGGAUAAAUUUAUCGACACUGGUAAGGAAAAAAUGAUUGAUAUUGACAAUCUUGCUGUCAAACCGCAAACUAUAGGCUGCAGUGGUGCUUCUACCACUGCGAGGCCUUCGCUUACGAUCGACACCACCGCUAAACGUAGUCCUUUACAACAAAGACGGUCGCAAUCACUAACGGGAGUUCCAGUUGUAACUUUUCAGGAUGUAUCGACACCUGUCUCCAACUUCAAAUUGCCGCAGAGCAUUCCGCUGACAAAAUUCAAAAUACGGCACAAUGAAGAGGUGUUUGAAAGUAUGGUGACUCCAGUUGCUGAAGAGUUCUCCUUGUCUAAAGUGACGGAAGAUGAAAUGAAACGGUUGCCACCAUGGCUUCAAGCUGUUGAAAAGCAAUCAUCUUUGGUUACUGAGGAGUUCAACAAGCUUGAAAGAUGUGAGAAGGAUAGACUUAACGGUGCAUUCUCCUUUCACGGAGAUAAAAUCGCUGAGGUAUCCACUCCAGGCGGCUCUACGGAGCCUUGCCCACAGAUCAAUUGUGGGCUUGAUUACGGUCACAAGAAUCGCUAUAAGGAUAUUUUUUUGUUUGAUCACUCUCGUGUGCGCUUGACAGAUGGUUCAAGAGUCAAAUCGUGGCAACACGGAUGCGACUAUAUCAAUGCAUCAUACUUGGAUCCGGUUCAUUCUUUGGAUAAAGUUUUAAGUGGUAACUUUUUCAAAAGUGACCUUGGGGAGUUGAGAUAUAUUGCAACGCAAGGUCCUUUGAGAGAGACAAUCGGUGACUUUUGGAAGUGUGUCAUCAAUCAAAAAUGUCUCUUGAUAAUCUCGCUCUCUGGAGAGGUUGAAAAUGGAGUUCACAAGUGUUCGCCUUUUUGGGAGGCAGGCAUCUACCGGUCAGGUGAAAACGUAUUACGAGUCGAGCUCGAAGGCGAGGAGACGUAUGGUAAUUUGGUUUUACGCUCAUUCAAGGUCAGAUCUGAUUGUGGAGUCUCGCAUCGGGCAUUGCAAAUUCACUUGUGCAAUUGGGCUGACAUGAGUAGCUCAGUAGAUUGCAAGGACUUAAUGGAUCUUGUUACCAUCAAAAGAAAUGUUCUCGGCAAAAUCGCCAAGAAAUCAAAGUACCACACCAUCACUCACUGCUCUGCUGGAUGUGGUCGGACUGGUGUGUUCUGCGCAGUUGACACCAUUAUCAACCUCUCGAAGUACAACGGGGGCUCUUUUAAUUUUCCACAGAACCCCGUGUAUCACAUGGUGAACAAUUUGCGUCGUCAAAGAGUACUGAUGGUGCAGACUAUGAGACAAUACUACUUAAUCUACGAUACCCUCGUGUAUCAUGUUCUCCAUGAUACCAAUGAGCAUGUGGAAAACUUAAAAAUUGUCAAUGACUUCAUCUCAAGUGUGAACGAAGGUGAAAAUUAA